AUGUGUAAUUUUAAAAGUACUAUUUUGAAUUCAUCGUGUAAGUUGAGUUUCAUCGUGAAUAGAGUCCAACAAUUAUUACUUUUAAAAAAACAUAUGCCAAAGUCAGUUAUGCAAUGUGACCCAAGUUUGAAUAAAACAGUGUGGGAUCCUCUUCAAAUAUUUAAUUGUUGUAUACAAUAUAAAUAUGCUGUUGUUAUAUUAAAUAGUCCACUUGAUUGGAAAAAUAAUUCUUUACUUCAAAUUUGGAAAAAGGCUGAAGUUAAGGUUACUGUUGAUGGUGGAACAUUCAGAUGGAUACAAUACUUAAAAAAGCAAGGUAUUGAUUUAUUAAAUGAACAUAAUAACGAAUAUGUCCCAACUUUAAUUACUGGCGAUAUGGAUAGUUGUUCUGGUUUAAUCCUUGAACAGUUAAAGAGUAUGGGUUCUAUGAUUAUUGAGACACCUGAUCAGAAUCAUACAGAUUAUGUAAAAGCUUUGAUCGAGUUGAGACAUUAUGCUGAAAAGAAGGAUAUAAAGCUGAAUGGAAUAUACGUAUUUGCAGACUCAUCAGGGAGAUUUGAUCAUAUUAUGGGAAAUAUUAAUACACUUUAUAAAAGUGAUGAACUUAUUAAAAAUGUGCAAAUAAUACAAAUUGCAAAUAAUUCAUUGACAUGGAUUUUAAGACCAGGUUUUCAUAGCAUAAUCAUUCCUAAAAUUUUGGUACAAAAUAGUAGUUGGUGUGGACUGUUACCAAUUGGUGCACCUGUUAAUUGUAUAAUAACAACUGGUUUAAAAUGGAAUUUGAACAAUACAACUUUAAAAUUUGGUGAUCUGGUUAGUUCAUCGAAUACAUAUGACAAUAGUUCUGAAGUCACUGUAAAUACAGAUUCAUCAUUAGUGUGGACUAUGGGUAUUGAACCACUUCAAAAAAAUAUAGAUGAUUAUCAAAUAUCAUCAAAUACUUAUUAGUAAAAUUUUCAUUUCUUUAAUAGAUUUUUAACAUUCA